AUGCGUAGCUACACUAGCACCGGAUCUUUAAUCCAAAAUCUUUCUGGCUGUCUUGGUUCCGUCCUUGAUCUCGCAAUUACCCAUGACAAUAGCUUCGUAAUAGCAGCAAGCAGUUCAAACAGGGAUGUCAAAUCCGGACGAAUCUGGCAUUCUCUCACAGGUCACAAGGAUAAAGUUUGUGCUGUAGAUGUGAGCAAAGUAUCGAGUCGUCAUGUUGUGAGUGCUGCUUAUGAUCGGACGAUAAAAAUGUGGGAUUUGCAGAAAGGUUACUGCACCAACACUAUAGUUUUUCACAGCAACUGCAAUGCUCUUUGCUUCAGCACAGUUGGACUGACCAUAUGCUCGGGUCACGUCGAUGGGAAUCUCCGUUUGAGGGAUAUUCAGACCGGAAAAUUAGUUAGUGAAGUUGCGGCACAUUCUCUUCCCAUUACAUCUAUCUCUCUGUCUCGAAACAGAAAUGUUGUAUUGACAAGUGGCAGAGAUAGUUUGCAUAAUUUAUUCGAUAUACGAUCUUUGGAGUUUGUGGUACACUCAGAGCAACCGGAAGCAGGGUGGCAUCUAAUUGGAGUCGCUCGUGUAUUAGUCUGGAUGACAAUUAUAUUGCUGCCGGCUCUGCCGAUGGAUCCAUCUACAUUUGGUUGUUAUCAAAAGCCGACAUUGUAA